GAGGAAGGGCCGCCCCGAAUUGGGCUGUUUUUGCCUGAAUGCGGGAGGAGAGGAGCCCUAGGCGGCUGCCUGCCAGCGGAGGAGGGCUCCCGGUUCCUUGGGAGGGAGAGGGAGAGGGAGAGAGGAAGGGUGCAAAGUCAUGAGUCGCCCUUCCUAUGACCCUCUUUCUCCCUCCAUCCUUCAGUGUGUCCUGGGGCUGUCCCUUUUGUUUCUUGCAUCGUUCCUUCCUCCAUUUCAGGGGAAUUUGUUUAUUUAUUUCCGUGCCCCCCCCCCAUAUAUAUAUAUAUAUAUAAUGCGCCUCCAAGUGGUUCCCGACUCCUUCCGGUGCCGCCCAGGCGGAGGGUCCUCCUGAGGCUUCCUUGGCCAAGGUGUUCCUCCCUCUGAGGCCGACGAGGGCGCGGGGCUUCCCAAGGGCACCCCGGGGCUCACAGACAGGGCUCCGGCGGGAAGGAAGGCCUCGUCCCCACUCUCCCCCAUUAUGUCCUUCUACACUCUCUUCGCCUGGGAUCCUCCUGGGAAGCUUUCAGGGAGAGGGAGGAAGGGAGAGGCCGCCCUUUUGGGGCCGAGGGAGGGGGAGCCCCCCUCUUUUCUUCCCCCAGACACCCCUCUGGGAGCUCUCCAGGAACCAGACACUGAGGGGGAGCAAGAGCCUCCUUGCUGGCCUUGGGGUGGGGCUCUGGAUCUUGGGGCUGAGAGGGAGCCCUUAUGACCAGACUGGCCAGGCCUGGCAGGCAAUGGGGCUUCACAUGGGGAGAAUAGAAGCAGAGGGAGGGGAAGUGUUUGGGACUGAAGAGGAGACAGAGAAGGAGACCCUCCCCAGCUCCAUAUUCCUGGAAGAGAGAAUCCGGAGAGGAGCCCUUGAGUUUCCUUGGAGCGGAGGGGAGAAAAGGGAAGAGGUUGCUGGAGAGAGGAGGAAGGAGCCAGGGUCCAAGGCUUGUGUGAGGCCUGAGGGAGGGAAGCAUUAGCUAAAUGCAAAGCCCUCACCUCAAAAUACUGCCUUUCUUUGGGGAUCCCUGCAGCUUCCUUCCCCUGAAGAACUCGCUGGUGGUAGGCAGAAGAGAGGAAGAGGAGCCAUCAGGUUCAAAUGAAGGAAUCUAAUAGGCUGUAAAGAGAGCCAAUGGGGUGCAGUUGUUGGAGCGUUGGACCAGGACACUGGGAGACCAGAGUUCGAGUACCGGCUCGGCCAUGAUCAACCCAACGAUAACGAAAAUGAUAAUAAUAAUACUAAUAAGAUUAAUAAUAGGCUUCUUCCCUACAGAAGACCACUUUAUAGAAAGGCCUUGAAGAGGGGCUUUUGUAGAGAGGGAAGAAAAGGGGGGAUUUCUGGGGUUCUCCCUCCCAUCCCCAUCCUCAAUUUAGUUAUUUUGUCCUCUCAGAAAAGUUCCGUUUGAUUUGCUCUCAGAACCAUUAGGUUGUCUUUCUGGUGCUCCAUGGAAGAUGGCAUAAACACGUGAAACAGCUGCCUUUGUACGCUCUACAGGUGCUCAGAGGUCCAGAAUUGGCCUGGCUGGUCUUCAAACAGGGUAGAGGAGUCUUCACUGAAUUUCUUUUCCAUGGAAGAUACUGCAGGAAAAAAGCACUUGGAACAGGUUAACCUUCACCUCCUCCUCCUUUGUGAUGGAGCCAUUGGGAGGGCUCAGCAACAGAGGAUCCCAAAUGGUUGAUAACCAAGGGCAGAGGGAUUUCCCAGAGUGUUGUUCAGUACCCCCUCCCAUGAACUGAAUCCUUGGUGUGCUCGCUCUUACCUUCUUUGCAAUGGAACCAUUGGAAGGGAUCUGUAACAAGGGGUCCCAAAUGCUUGCUGCUGAGGUCACAUCUCCUUGUGUGUUCCUGCAUGGGAGGGGGUUGAUCUGGAUGGUCCUCGAGGUCUCUUCCAACUCUAUGAUUAUAACACUUCAUUCUCAGAAGAACUGAAUCCUUGGCUUUUAGACAGAGUUGGUUUGCCAUUUUCUUGGAGGGUGGCAGCUGACUCAGGCAGCUGGUUUCAUGCCAUUAUGAAAGGAAGCAAUUCCUAACAAUUUAAUUUGUGGUUCUCAUAUUUUUAUGGUAGAGGAUGGAAAGAGGCUCUUGUGGUAUUCUCCGCCUCAUGAGCUAAAAGAUCUUGACCAUACAGGCUGGGAAUCCAAAGAAUCUGCUGACUGGAUGAGGCUGCCCUAGACUUAUGCCAGUUACUAAUGCAGAUUGGGAAGACCUAUACAGAAGAGCUUCAAUGUGCUAAAUAAAAUAUCCCUUCACAUGAGAAAUCUAGUUUAUCAGACACCCAGGUUGUGACCUCGCCUUUUCCCUCAUGCGCUAUUCUUCAAGACCCAGGAAGUUCAGGAAAAAAAGAUUAAGGAAAAGUCAAACAUGUCCUAUUCCAUCUGUAUUCUGAAGCAAUCCAAUAAUAUUGGUGGUACACCAUCUUUUUCUUUUGAUAAGACUGUCUGGAUGAAGGCUAUUUUCUUUUGCAGGUGACCUUUCGGGAUGUGGCUCUGUUUUUCACAGAGGAGGAAUGGAACCUGUUGGAUCAGAUCCAACGGUCUUUGUACGAGGAGGUCAUGAUGGAAAAAUGUGUCCUCCUUGGGUGCUUAGAAGUCCUAGAUGGGCCUGACUGGUCUCCAGACAUUUAAAGAGAGAAGACAUCUGCUGAAUUCCUCCUCCAUCGAAGAAACUAUAGUAAAGAUGCCCUUGGAACAGGGCUGGUUUCUGUUGCAGGUGACUUUUGAGGACGUGACUGUGUAUUUCACAGAGGAGGAAUGGGAUCUGCUGGAUCAGAACCAAAGAUCUUUGUACGUGGAGGUCAUGAUAGAAAACUACGAGAAUGUGUCUGCCCUUGGAGGCGACGAGGUACCAAGCAGGCUUCUGGAACUGCUAUUCAGAGAGAGGAGAGUAUGUAGGGGGGAACUUGUAGCCUUGAUAAUGGAGAAUACCAACAAGCAGGCGCACAUUACCAGAAAACACCAACAGGAACUCAUUCACAAAUACUUAAGGAGAACGGACCAGAAUUCAAGAAUCCUUAAAGAAAUAGCAGAGAGUUUUUGGCAUGAUGUGAGGUCGAGUGAGCGGGACAGAAGGGCAAUGCUGGACUGUAUGCGCUCCCUGGCAAAGAUUGCAAAAGGAAUGCUGGAGGCACAGGAAAAAACACGUGACCAUGUAAAUAUUGUUAAUGGAAGCUGCCAAGAUGCUGGCAGGGAAGAGGAGCAUAUGGAACUGGAGGUGGAGGAGCAGCAGUGUUUAUGUGAAAGAGUGCAUGCUGAUAUAAUACAAAGUGAAGACAGUGAGGCACCGGCCUGUUCUAGUCCUGAAACUCAGAUUGAUGAAGACAUUGGAGGACAAGAAGACGCACAGCCUGCCGAGGUGGAGGAUGCUGGAGGUGACAAUGGACCAAGCAGGCUUCUGGAACUGCUGCUCAGAGACAGGAGAGCACGUAGGGGGGAACGUAUAGCCCUGUCAAUAAUGGAGAGCACCAACAAGCAGGAGUCCAUUACUAGAAAAUACCAGCGGGAACUCGCUAAUGACUACUUGCAGAGAACAGACCAGUAUCCAGCAAUUCUUAAAGAAAUAGCAGAAAGCUUUUGGCGUGAUGUGAGGUCAAGUGAGCAGGACAGAAGGGCAAUGCUGGACUGUAUGCGCUCCCUGGCAAAGGUUGCAAAAAAAAUGCUGGAGGCACGAGAAGAAACGUAUGACCAUGCAAAUACUGUUGAUGGAAGCUGCCAAGGUAAGGUGAUUGAGUAAAGCAGCCUAUUUCCUGCUCCUGGAACAGGCAGGAAAAAGAGGAAUAAAUCAUGAUUUAUUCCUCCAACGUCUGUUUCUGACAGCCAGGAACUUUUCCCUCAAGCUGGACAGGAAGGAGAUGUUCCCUGCUUGGUGCCCUGCACUUUAGAUACUGAGUGAUAAUAAAAAUAAAAUAAUAAAACUUU